AAUAACAAAAUAAAUAACUUAUUCAUGAUAAAAUUUUAUUUAAUUAUUACUCAUAGUCUCACAAACGAGCGCCAAAUACAACGUAACGAAUCAUGAAUUAUACAAAAUGUACACCAAUUGCGUGAAAACGCGUUACGAUAAGACCGGCCGCACUCGAACUCAUAGCAUACCACCGAUCGCACGGUCCAAACGGUCUGUACUCGAGGGGGAGGGCAUGCGAUUCAAAAAGGAUCCUAUACUCGAUGAAGAGGGUAUGCGUUUCAAAAAGGACCCUGGUAUGUUGAACGAGGAGGGCAUGCGGUUCCGCAAAAAUGACCAAAUGCUGGAUCAGGAGGGCAUGCGUUUCAAGAAGGCCUCCGUAUUGGACGACGAGGGCAUGCGGUUUAAAAAGGCGUCCAUUUUGGACAAUGAGGGCAUGCGAUUCAAAAAGGCCUCAAUACUGGACAACGAGGGAAUGCGCUUCAAAAAGGCAUCCAUUCUGGACAACGAGGGCAUGAGGUUCCGCAAGUCGGUGCUCGAGGGCGAGGGUAUGCGAUUUCGCAAGAAUGACCCCCUACUCGACGAGGAGGGCAUGCGAUUCAAGAAGGCGUCGAUACUGGACAACGAGGGCAUGAGGUUUAAAAAGGCCUCAAUUCUGGACGAGGAGGGCAUGCGAUUCAAAAAGGCGUCAAUACUGGACAACGAGGGCAUGAGGUUCAGGAAGUCGGUGCUCGACGGC